ACAGCGACGACACAAUCAGGAUGAAGCGCGAAGUGUCCACGUCGACCAUCGGUCGGGAUGAGGCCCGUCGUCCGCUGAUGGAGGCCUACAUGUUCCAGCGGCGCGUGCUGCUCGGCUGCAGUCUGCUCAUGGUGGUUUCGCUGCUGAUCUGGAUAGUGGCCAUCUCGACCGAUCACUGGAUCAUCAUAUCUGGCGGAAACGGCAUUUUCAUCCCCGAAUCCCGGCGCUUCUUCAUGUCCUCGCACUCGGGCUUGUGGCGCCACUGCCGGAAUACGAUAGUGCCCAAUGCCAUAAGCAAUGCCCAGGUGGUGCGCAACUUUAGCUCCAUGUCGUACACAUCGCAGACAAACAUCAACGAGGCGAAGCGGAAUCUCUCGCAAAUGGAUUUCAUAAAGGAGUUCGCGCAGGAGAAGCUGGAAACGUCGGACAACUUUACGGAAUCGGCGCGACGCCACAUGUUUGCCCACUGGGUGCGGGGCGAGGACAUGGAGUUCCAGACGCUGCGCCAUGCCUUCCGGACCCUGGUGAUGAACACCGAGGAGAAUCAGCGGCAGUUCAAUGCCACGGCCAUCAAGCCCAUACCCAUCAAUCCGCUGGACGUGCAGGGAAUCAUUGAGAGAAAAACUUUUGGUUCGGCGCUGCAGCGGGUUAAGUACAACAACACUUGGUCUUACUACGUGAUCCCCGAGGUGGCGCAAUUGGCCAUCUUCAGCAAUUGGACGGAUUACCCCCUGGUGGUACGACUACUGGGCACCUACAUCCGGGAUAUCAGCAUCCCGGCCUACGUGCUUAACGAUGAACGGGUGAUACUGAUCCUGGUGCCACCGCUGCCGCCCAAGAAGGGUCAGCCCGCCUAUUACAGCUAUAUACCGAACCAGCGCUGCAAGUACAUCGACAUGUUCCCCAACUCCAAUGCCCUGCGAAAUGAGCCCGGUUUCGAUGACGAACUAUUGGUCGCUUGGUACUCCCUUUCAGACUAUAUCCGGACGCAGGCGUCCUUUGCCUGCAUAACACUGUUCGUGAUGAGCUUGGGUGCCGUCUUCUCCUUCUACACGUUCAUGAAUCCGCGCUACAUGUUCAAGCGUCUGGCGGGUGGCAUCCACCUGGUGGCUGCCUCCACGGCGCUGGUGGUGCUCCAGGUGCUCUUCUCCUCGAUUGACUACACGAAAGAGCACCUGUUCUAUGCGUAUCCUGAAGGGGCGCAACUAACUUAUGGCUACGGCGUUUACUUGGCCUGGUUCACCUUCGUGGACAAUAUCCUGUGCGGUGUUAUGUUCCUCUGGUAUUCUGGCAAGAAGAAGGGUGCCAAGGCGCCCAACGACGAGGUGGCCAUGGCCGACGAGCCGACCAUCAUGGGCAGAUAACUGGUAACCGGAUAUCUAUUUGAUGGUAUUAACCAAUGCCCAUACUGCGACCAAAGACCAAAGCAAUUGGCUUACUAGCCGACAUUGCUUAUCAUUUCACUUUUGUUAUUUGUUGUUUUCAUAGUGGCUGUAUUUAAAAUGUUCGCUUUAUAACUUUAAGAAUCUCAAUGCAAUAAAGGAAUGGUUUUCAGUCAGAAACGAA